AUGCUUCUAUUGCGGUGGAUUACAGCUGCGGGUCUUCUCGGCGUUGCCUUCGCUUCACCGGAGGGAGAGCUAGUCAAGAAGAGCACCGUGAGCGACAUUUUAUCCGACAUUGAAAAUGCAUUUACUUGUGGCGCAUGCGAGGCACUACUUGGCGUUUUGCAAGGACUGGCCCAUUUGGGCAACGAUGCUUUCGUGGAUGUGAUUACCGACGUUUGUGUGUUGGCAAGUGUUGAGGAUAAGGAUGUCUGCGAGGGCGCAAUCUCUCGCGAAGGGCCGAUUCUCGCGCAUGAUCUGCGAAACAUGCAUAUUCCGUCCAAGACUGCAACGCUUUUCUGCUCGACCGUUUUUGGACUAUGCGAUUCUCCCGACGUGACCGAACACACGGUGGAGUUCCCCUCUGCGAAGCCUUCCAACGCGUCUCGACCAUCGCCCAGCGGAGAGACUCCUAUUCAGGUUGUGCACAUUAGCGACAUCCAUGUUGAUCUCUCUUAUGAGACCGGUGCAAACUACAACUGCACGAAAAACAUUUGUUGCCGCCCAUACACCGAAUCCGAUGCCCCAGGAAAUACAAGUUUCCCUGCUGGUGGAUAUGGAAACUCGAACUGCGAUUCGCCGCUGACUUUGGAAGAGAGCAUGUACGGGGCCAUUGAGCACUUAGUCCCUGAUGCCUCAUUUACCAUCUUUACUGGCGAUGUGGUCGAGGGUGCUGUUUGGCUUGUCAAUGAAACCGAGGUUACAAACGACCUCAACGAUGCCUACAAGACUCGGAUGCCAUCCUAUCUGAACAAGGUUUACGGUGUUGUUGGAAACCACGAUGCGGCCCCUGUCAACUCGUUUCCACCAGCUGCUAUUGACACCACGAUUGACAGCCAGUGGGUCUACGACACUCUCUCCUCGGGCUGGAGUCAAUGGAUUGGAUCCGAAGCCGCAACCACCGCCGACAACUACGGCUCUUACUCGGUCAAACAUCCCGGCAGCAACCUACGCAUCAUCUCGUUCAACACCAACUUCUACUACAAGGAGAAUUUCUGGCUGUACGAGGAAACCAUGGAAACCGACCCCAAUAGUCAGUUGAGAUGGCUUGUUACUGAGCUCAGCGCGGCCGAAGCCGCAGGGGAACGAGUCUGGCUUCUGGGCCAUAUGCCCAUGGGCUCUGGUGAUGCUUUCCACGACGGAUCCAACUACUUCAACCAGAUCAUCCAACGUUAUGACGCCACUAUCGCUGCUGCCUUCUACGGCCAUACCCACAAGGACGAAUUCGAAAUCUCGUACUCCAAUUACACCGACCAGAAUGCCAACACAGCGACCAUGAUGUCGUAUAUUGCACCGGCCUUGACACCUACAUCGGGGAACCCUACUUUCCGUGUCUAUUCAGUGGACCCGGUGACCUUUGGCAUCCUGGACUUCACUGUGUACAUUGCAAACAUGUCGAAUCCAGCAUAUCAAUCGAAUCCUAAGUGGGAGAAGUACUACUCCGCGAAGGAAGCCUAUGGCUCUCUGGUUGAACCAGCCAUCACCGAUAGUGCCGCCGAGCUCACACCCGCGUUCUGGCACAAUAUCACCGCGGUCUUCGAAAAGGAGGACUCGGUAUUCCAAGAUUAUAUUGCGCGCAAGACUCGCGGGUGGAAGGUCGAAUUGUGUUCAGGCGAUUGCAAGACUGAGGAGAUUUGUCAAUUGCGGGCGGCCGAGUCACAGUAUAACUGUGUGACCAUUUCGCCAGGCAUCAAUUUCAAGAAGCGAGAUACCACGAGCACUGCUAAGCAUCAAGAGAGUGCAUGUGGCCAGUCGACCAUUACGGCCGUCUUUGCCGACUUCCAGAGGAGUGUUUCUGCGCUGAAAUCGUCAGCACUGACAAAGCUGGGCUCAGACUUUCUGGAUAAGACGGCCAACACGACUUCCUCAUGA